AUGAGUUAUAAUUCAUCCAAUAAUGCGAGCGGUGCUCACUUGGCAACUUCUAGCAUGUCGAAAAGAUCACCUUCGAUCUUGGUGACAGAUUCCCGUUCAAAUAAAAACAGAUUGAGUGCACCUUUUGCAAGACAUGCCGCUGGUGCAAGGAGUAGAGAGUCUCUUUCUAGUGUUCCGUCAAAUUCAAUAGGUUCAUCUUCCUAUGUCCCGUAUUUAAAUUCAAAUAAAAAUCAGGUACGAUCUGUGAAUAGAGCUGCUUCUCCACAAUUUGGGAGAUUUAGUGAUAUUUCAAUAGAUAAUAUAUUGUCAGACUCCUCAGAUGUUCCCUCCGGGAGAAGAGAAGAGCGUAGAUCAAGCUCGUCAUGGGAUAGGUUUUCAAUCUAUGAUAAAUUAAGAACUUCGAAUUAUGGGAAAGGUUUAAGUCAUAUACCUCCAAGAACUUCCAAGACAUCGCAUAAAUUGGUACUGAUCCCUGAAAAUUCAGAAAUUCCCAAGGAUUAUAUGCCUAAUAAUUUCUUAAGAAAUCGUUCUUCUUCUUAUAAAAACUUACAAAGUGAACAGUUUCAACAGCAUGAUAGGGAUGAAAUUUUACCACGUAUCACUGCCUAUAAUGUUGCAGAAGGUUUUAAUUUGGAUUUAAUGUCUAAAUUUUUAAAGUCGACACAUGAAGUUUCUCCAAGACAAUACGCAGAAUGUCUUUACGUUGCAUAUACACUUCCUUUACUUCCGGGAAAAGAUGGAUACAGAAUUAAAUCAAAUAUUUCAAAAAAAGUAGUUGGUGGUAAGACUCUUAUCGAUGAAUUAAUAGAUACCAGUGAGCAAAGAGAUCAUCAUUAUGAAUAUUACUCUGGUGUUGAGAUUUUAGAAGACGCAAAUAAUAACUAUGAAUUAAACGCAACAACACCGUCACAAGAACCAGAAGUCACCGUAAUACCAGAUCAUUUACCAAAUCCAACUAAUAAUUCAGAUAGUUUUGAUCCCAGCGAACCACAAUUUUUUGCAGAAGAAACUCCUAUAGAACAAAAAUUACGUGAAAGGAAAGAACAGAUAAAAAUGAACUCUGACAGUAAACCAAUGUCUUUAAUUAGAGAUGAGGAUCAACAUGCAGAAAUAUUUAUUUUCCAUUACGGUGUAAUUGUAUUCUGGAAUUUUACUGAGCAACAAGAAAAAAACAUUUUAGGUGAUAUUGCAUUUUCAGAGUAUAAAAACUUGGUAAUAAGAGCAUUGGAUGAACAGGAUAUAGAAACUGAACAAUUUCAUUUUGAAUAUGAUAAAGAAAAUGAAAGGCCUCGAAUUUUCAAUGAUAUAAUUACGCUAAGAUCAGGCGAUCACAUAAUAGAAUUAACCUUGUCACAUGCAAUAGCACAAUCUUCAAAGCUUUCAAGAUUUGAAUCAAGAGUAACGCCUAUUUUAUCGUCAAUUACAAAACUACCUAGAAGACUAGCCCUUUAUGGUACACUGGGUUUAAAAAGAGAACAACUAUUGAAGCGUUCUGGUAAAUUGUUUAAAUUAAGAGUUGAUGUAAAUUUAUCUUCUAGUGUUCUCGAUACUCCUGAAUUUUUCUGGUCAUUUGAACCUAGUUUGCAUCCAUUAUAUGUCGCUAUGAGGGAAUAUCUUGAAAUCGACCAACGAGUACAGGUCUUGAAUGAUCGUUGUAAAGUGUUUUUGGAAUUUUUUGAUAUAUGUGUCGAUUCAGUUGCUGAGCGUAAUAUGGCACGCGUUACUUGGUGGUUCAUUAUGAUGAUUAUUGUUAGCGUUCUCUUUUCUCUGGCAGAAAUUCUCAUCAGAUAUAAUAUUAUUCAUAACGGUUAA